AUGCAUACGCCUGCUGCCGAUACUUUGGUAGAUGAAGAUGAAGUCAUGAUCGACGCUGGCCUGCCUGAGCUCACGUUUGGAUCGGCCAAGGCGUCUUCUCAGUCCGAAACCUCGUCAAUCAUCCGCGCCACGUUAAGCAGGAUGCCGCAUGUGCCGACACCAGAAUCGAUGCAAUUUAGGACGAAUGACAGAGAUGGCGUGUCUCUAGCUGAGCGCAUCCGCGCGGAUGCCGACAACAUUGAUUACAGUGCCAAAUCGCUGUUUGACGAGUGGCCUCAGUACGAUCCGAAGUACGAGGUCGACAACGUUGCGAAGCUGCAGGAGAUCAAGCAGCGGCCGACGCGCAAGCAAAUGUUCGGCAGAUCGACCAUGUACACUCGACUAGGCAAUAAGGUCACUGCCAAUGCUUCUCUCACACCAGAUUCAGCAGCUGCCGCCAGCUUCUCCGCCAACUCCUCUUUCGAACAGCGCAGUAAUCGCUCCCCACAGAAGCAGGCUUACGCUG